UAACAACAACACCAUUCCUAGCAUAAUUAUGGUCACGUGCUUUAUGUCGGGAGUUAUCACUCUUCGCUGAAUAGUACUCUUUGUCAGCACUCCACCCUUGCCACUCCUUAAAAGCAAGUCGACCAGAAGAGAGGUAUAGGUACCUGAGUUCCAGAGAAAUCUUACUUUCUAUCUUCAAUUUCGCCGGAUCUAUCCCAAUUUCUAAAGAUGGCAGCCCAAUCAUUGUCUACCGAAGACAUAAAAGUAUUCAGGGAACGUUUUUCCGUCUAUGACAAGAAUAACGAUGGCACCAUUACUACUAAGGAGUUGGACGAUGCGAUGAAAGCAGCGGGUAAUUACCUUACUACGGAUGAGCUUGCCCAAAGAAUAAAUGAAGCUGAUACUAAUCGUAACGGAACUAUUGAAUUUUCUGAGUUUGUGGCGAUAAUAUUAGAAAGAAGAAAUCGGAAAGAAGAAGAAAAAGAAAAAAUGAAAGGGGAAAGAGAAAGAAUUCGUAAAGCUUUCAGAAAGUUGGACAAGAAUGGCGACAGAUUCCUCAGUCCUGACGAGCUGCGUCAAGCGAUGUCAACCAUUGAUCCACUGAUGGCGAAGGAGAAAAUCGAGGAAAUGAUCUACAAAGCCGACUUAAAUGAUGACGGUUAUGUCAGCAUAACCGAAUUCGCAAAGAUGAUUUAUCCUGAAUUAUCUACUCGAUGAAGAUGAUGAGCGCUAUCUUCUGCUUCAACAUCUACAACUUGUCCAUUUUUUUUCUUCUCGAGGUCUCUUUUUUGUUAGCCGUCACUUUUUGCUUUGUAUCGUUUGUCUUUUUUCAAAGAGUGGUUCGAAAUUCACUCCACUUUUUUUCUUUACAUUUUUAUCAUUAUAACCAAGGGUGUCUUUAUAAUGUUUGUGUAAUCCUUCCAGGAAUAAAUGUUGCGUUUUUCCUCAUCUGGAAGCUAGCUAUUGGUAUCGCAUUAUUACGAUACCUUUGACAUCAAUGUUUGUGUACUCCUUCCUGGAAUAAAUGAUGCGUUUUUUCUUCUUCUGAAAGCCAACUAUUGGUAUUGCAUUGUCAUGAUACCUUUGACAUCAUGAUUUUGUUUAUUCGUUUUUUAUUUUUUAUCAUAGUCAUCGUGAUUGUGGUUAGGAUGGAGGUCGACUAACACCAAAGAAUACCCAAGUCCGAAAAGGGCCAUGGUACACAAGGGAGAAGAGGAAUUUAAUUUUUUUAAAUCUUGAUAGGCGGUAAAAGCACUUAUCUUACAUUACUUUAAUGGCAUUGAUGUGGAGGUGUCGUGGGUCAUUCACUUGACUCAUUGAAUUAAAUUGAAUGGUUUAUUGAGCAUACUGACAAUGGCAGCACGAAGGCUGAAUUACAUUUGUUUUACAGUAAAGCACAUGAAACAAAAAGCAAUGUUAAAAUAAUUACUACAUAACAUUUGCGAGAAUACAGUCAAUGAUUAAAUUAAUAAGAUGUAUAAGUAUGUAUAAUUAUGUAUUGUGUUUGUUUAUAUUGAAACCAAACCAAACCAAACCACUCCAAGGGUUGAGAGCCCGGCACUAACGUCCUUUGACAAGGCAUUAAUCCACAUUUGCCACUCUCCACCCAGGUGUUAAUGGGUACCUGGCAAUUACUGGGUAAUGAUAAAUGCAGGGCCCGUAGGAAGAUUAGUAUUAAUACUGAUGUUGCUACCCUGAGUGUAACAAAAUUGAUAUUUCUAUUAUUAUUAUUAUUGUUAUUAUUAUUAUUAUUGUAUGUCAAUAUCACUUACAGUAAAGUUGAGAACAUGGGUAUAUGACUUGUAAACAAGUAUAUAUAUGGUGCAAUUUAUAAUCAUGCAAUGUUCACAAUAACACUCUGAUAUUACUAUCGUCCAGUUUGUAUGUUGUCUUUAAAAAAUAAAGUUAGAGUAGUUUCUGGAAAUGUACACCCUUAACUCAUGUAAUUUAUUUGCUGUAAAAAAUUAAUCAUGAAUUAAAAAAAUAUACAUAUCACCAACGUUACUCGCUUUGUUGACAAAAUGGUAAUAAAAGAGAUGGUGAUGAUGUUGAAGAUGAUGGUGAUGAUUAUGACUGUCCACCUCAUGGUUCGCGAUUCAAGCACUGUGAUAUAUUAUUAGAAAUAUAAUAUGAAUAUUUACAUAUCUAAUAUCUAUUGUAAGUAGAAUCGGGAUGAACGGCAGUCCUACCGGUGCAUUGGGAUCUCCGCCAGAGCCCAUUCAUUGCCUUUGACGAUUAUGAUGGGCCCAACGACAGAUUAAGUUAACGAUUAUCAUGAUUAUACUUGUUUGCAUAAUGGAGGUGCAACUAAUUUUAUCGAUUAAAUUGGACGAAUGCUAAUGAAGCAAA